UCUUCACAUUCACUCCUCUGCCCAUGAACAAUUCUUUCCUUGGUUUGCUAUUGUUCAUAGACCGAUUUUCUUCCGUCAUAUUUUCACUUGGAUUUGGUUGUCUGAGUUUGUAUUUAUCCAAAUAUCUAUAGAAAAGUAUAUAUAUGCUUGAUUGUUAUGACAACAGUCUGUUAAUUGAAAAGCCGUGUAGGUGGGGUGGUGUGGGAGAGGAUAGAGAGAGAAUAUUGAGAGCGAGGAGAGAGAAAGAGACGUUAAAGAAUUUCCAGGGCGGAAGAUUUAUCAUUAUUCUCAACUGGGUCUCAAUCAAAUUUCAAAAGAAUGCAUCUUCAAACAUUCUCAUUUUCAAACUACAGUCUCAGCCCAAUAAAUUUCUCACCUUCUGCCUAUUUCUUCAUCCCCAAACAGACCAAACUCGUUUCCACCUCAAGCUUCAAACCUGGGUUUUGCAAUUUGGUCAAAAGGGUGUAUAAAUCACCGACUGGUUUGAGAAGUCAUGGUGGUAUGGUUGGUGUGAGAUGUGAAGGUCAAAUUGAUGAUGGGGUUUACAUGAGGAGGUGUGUGGAGCUUGCAAGGAAAGCAAUUGGGUGUACCAGCCCUAAUCCAAUGGUUGGAUGUGUAAUUGUGAAAGAUGGGAAGAUUGUUGGUGAAGGUUUCCACCCAAAAGCAGGGCAGCCUCAUGCUGAGGUUUUUGCUCUGAGAGACGCAGGGGAUUUGGCUGAGAAUGCAACAGCAUAUGUGAGCUUGGAGCCAUGUAACCAUUAUGGGAGGACUCCACCGUGCACUGAAUCACUGAUCAAAGCCAAAGUGAAAAAGGUGGUGAUAGGGAUGGUGGAUCCAAACCCAAUUGUGGCAUCAAAGGGGGUCGAUAAAUUACGAGGUUCAGGAAUUGAUGUGACUGUGGGUGUCGAGGAAGAAUUGUGCAAGAAGCUUAAUGAACCCUAUAUCCAUAAGAUGCUGACAGGAAAGCCCUAUGUUACGCUCAGAUACUCCCUUUCAGUCAAUGGCCAUUUUUCAGAUCAGCUCGGGGAAGAAGCUGUGAGGUCCGGUGGAUACUACUCACAACUGUUGCAAGAAUAUGAUGCAAUUAUACUUUCCCCCACCUCAUUUACCGAGAAGUUCUCAUUCCCAGCAUCCAACGAACCUGGAGCUAAUCAACCUCUUCAGAUUCUAAUAGCAAGAAAUCCUAGUUCACAAAUUCAAAUCCCAAAGGCAACUUCUAAGGUAAUAAUCUUCACCGACAGAGAGACGUCUUUGGAACCAGAAUCCGCUCAAAAGAGCAUUGAAACCGUGGUUUUGGAUGGGAUAAAUUUGGAAACCAUUCUGGAAUAUUGCAAGAGUCAAGGACUGUGCAGUGUUUUGCUGGAUUUAAGGGGGAACACUGUCGAUUUUGAAGAGAUUCUCAUGGAGGGUUUUGAGCAAAAUUUAUUGCAGAAGGUGGUUGUGGAAGUGUUGCCAGUAUGGGACGGAAUCAAGGAAGAGAAGCUGCCCUUGGCAUUAGAGAAUCUGGGGCAAAGGAUAAAAUUGAAGAAUCUAACAUCAGGGAUCUCAAGCCGGAGUGUUUUGCUGGAAGGAUAUUUUUGAUGAACGGAUUGGAUCCUUGUAGAGAGAAGAAAAUAUUCUUAGAACUAAACGAAUCAGGUUUAAUUUAGACGACGAUUGUGUUUUUAACAGGGAUCCUGUUGGCUUCAGCCAGGAAGAGAGGAAAUGCUGUUGGCUAUGGACGGAGCUCUUUCUAUAUUCCAUUCCUUCCUCUGCUCGAGAAGAUGUGUGAGAGAGAGCGUCUCUUGACCAUCAAAAUACCUACGUGGUAUUUUUCGGAUAUUUGAGGAAGCAUCGUCCCCAUUCAAGAACAUAGAAUUAUACUGACCUUAGUUAUGCCCUGCAAUGUUUAACAUGAAUUUUACUUUGUGCAUCUCACCAGCAUUCUGGAUAUAAUGUUGAAUUGCCUUAGCAGAACCCUUCAACUGCUGCUGGGCCUUAAAAUUCUUGAAUAAGAUUCAUUGGAAUAGCUGUGGAUCCAAGAAAUGUUGCUUCC